AUGUUGGUGCCAAAAGUAAACAAAUGUGACUCAGCUUUGUGGUAGAGAUGGUCGACGAUAGGUUUUUCAAAUGCCACGUUCUUGGUCGUCAUUUUGGUGCCGUUAUGAUAGUUGUUAUUCACAGAUAAGAUUGUGUCCUAUGCUCUCGGUGUGUUUUUGAAUGAAACCUGCGGGGGCGGUAGCGGGCAGUGGCAAUCUGAACGGUAAAGUCACAAUAAAUCAAACCAAACUGCUUCCUGUCGGGUUAUGCUGAUGCCGAAUUAAAGAAUGGUCAACGCUGAUUCGAGCGACGCCCUUGUCCAGCAUGCAUGUGACUUGUAGAUGCGGAGUAAAUAAAACCUUUGUUCUCGGAGAUAUUGUCAAAGGAGUUUCGUCUGCACGAAAAUGACACGACGACACGGAGGAGGCACUGUGUACUCUGUCACUAGUUUCAGAGGGCAAGUGAUAGUAGUGGAAGCUUAACUACGCGUGGUAUUACUUGGCGUGUCAUAAGUGCGUUUUGUGCGUCUAAAUACUUCUCUAAUUCAGCCUGGUGAACAGUUUCGUUUUACCCAGUACGCUAAUGGCACUAGCCGAUAUAGGGAUGUCAUAAUAUAGCGCGUCUUGGAAACAAUGGGACCUGUUAAACUUAGCGGAUCAACCAUCCGGUGAGUGCCAUCGUUGCAUUCUUGUUUGCCUCAGUUGAAUUACUUAUCCAGCUUAAGUAGCUUUUACUAAGUCUUCAUGAUUAAUAAACAAACUAUAUGUGAAAUAACGUGUGGUUCACAUUUACUUUAAGCGUCUUUACUGCUAGCUGUCAUGUUUUAAAGCUAACGUUAGCAAAUGACUAUUUUAAACUUGUACUAAACUAUUGUUAAAAAAUGUUCGUUCUACACUCUUAAUAACUAUUUCUUCGGCUUUGGCAUUAUUUUAUACACAUGCAAGUCAUCUCUAACCUAUGUCUACACCUUCUUACUAUCUUCCCCCCACACACACACACAGUCUCCCUUCCUCGUCAGAAUGAACUGCUCUGGGGUUUCUGAAAGGCUGCACAUGUAGUGAGGAGAUGAACUUUGCCGAGUAGCAGACUGAUACGGAUUUGCUGAUCCUGGCAGCGCUUUAUGGCGUGCCCUGUCCAGUUCCUCUGCCGGGGGCUUCGCACUGUUGGAUUAGUCCUUCUUUACUAUGCCUUCUCUAUAGGCAUCACCUUCUACAACAAAUGGCUGAUGAAGGUAAGAGAACAAUUGCACACAACUCUGCCCCAGGACAGUUGUGACACCGUGGGAAAUGUAAAAAAAAAAAAACAAGUCAUUAAUUAAAAUAGCAGAAAGACAACAUAUCAGCUGUCAAAAUUAAAAAGAAAAAUGCAAUUAUUUUUACAGGGUUUUAUGGGAAUCUGUCAGCUAUAUGUUUGAAUGAAGUUGGGAGAGUUGCAACAGAAGUGUGGAUACAAGGUGUAAAAUGUUUCAAAACACCUGGAGGAACAUUUCACAAUUAGUGAAAUUGACUGGCGACAGGUUGAUCACAUUAUGGGGUAGGAAAGAUAGUUCAAGAGAGAGGGCUGGGUUUUUCUGAAGUGAAACUGGGAGGGUUUCACUUCUCUGAAAAAUACUGCUCUGGCAACAACUGAAUUAUAAUGUUUCUCAAGGCAACAAACACAAAGAACCACGCAUUUAAGUCUUCUACUGCACAUAAUAUUAAAAGAUUUAUACAGUUUUUGACAUUUGACAAUUCGGAUGGAAACAUGGGUGCAUUUUCCUCUUGACUUAAGAAGAAGAGGCGUGCUAUCUGAUUUGUUGUCGCCACACAGUUCCAACAUCUGUGAUGGAUUGGGUUGCAUUCAAGCACAUGGCAUGGGUAACCUGCACAAUUGUGAAUAGAUCAUUUAAACAAGUUUUGGAGAAACAUCUUCUGCUAAGUAGAUGACAUCUUUUUCAGGGAAGGUAUAUUAGAGCGAGAAAAUGCUGCAAUCUUCUUGCACAAAAACCACUAUGGCUCUGUAGCAAAAGAGUCCAGGUGCUAAAUUGGCCUGGCACUAGACAUAAUGUGGGAGAGGAGACUCCAAACUGCAGCUAAGAUCCAACAUCAAUCUUACAUUUAGCAAAACAGAGGAAAGAUUAAACUUUCAAAAAAAUGGCAGUUGAUCUCCUCAGUCACCAAACCCUUGCAGUGUUGUGAAAGGUGAUGAAACUGAGCGGUGCACAUGACCCAGUCUCUCAAGUCAUUGGCACCUAAUUCAAAUGGGUACAUCAUUUUCCACAAUGAUCAAAUUGUUGGCUGAUAGUACUUUUUAUAUUCAUACUGAUUACCUAAUUUGAAUUGACCCAACCUUGUUCUAUGUUAGAAUUUGAACUUCAGCAAUCAGAAAACCGGUUAUCUGUAGAUUUGGUACAAUAUGCCAAUGAAACUCUUAGCAUAUACUGUAGUUCUAACUAUAUCAUUUAACCCACUAGGAGGUGGUGUUGAGUUGUUCAUUUAGAGCGUCUCAGGCUUCAGCACCCUAACAAAUAAAACCAGCAGACACUGGAGGAUGAGUAAGGCUGUCAUGGAUGACCCUUUCUAUUUUUUUUUCCUCAGGGUUUCCACUACCCACUCUUCAUGACGUUGGUUCAUCUCACCAUCAUCUUCUGCCUGUCGGCCAUCACAAGACGGGCCAUGCAGUGCUGGGCAGGGAAACCACGCAUCAUUCUGAGCUGGAGGGAUUACCUCCGUAAGGUAGCACCCACAGGUGAGACUGAAGCUGGGACCUCAGAGUUGGACUGAAGUGCUCAGAGAGAGGCGGAGAGUGUUCAGAGACUGAUAAAAGUGUGCUGACAGUUGGUUCUUAUCAUGCUUAUUGACAGACACAGUUUUGAGCUAAAGAAAGAUAUCUACAAAGACAACACUCUGUCCAAAGUUCAAAGUGCUAAACAAUGUUACAUCACAUGAAAGAAUAAACACCAUACUGUACACCAUACCAAAAUUUAUAUAUGUAUAUAUAUAUAUGUAUGUAUGUGUGUGUAUGUGUGUGUUUCUAAACAGCUGUAAAUCCUUUUCCCUAUACUCAGCUUUAGCAACAGCUCUGGAUAUCGGACUUUCUAAUUGGAGCUUCCUCUUCAUCACCAUUAGUUUGUAAGUUUCUACCUAAUGUUAUUUAUGAGAAUAAGGGUAUGAAUAUACCUUUCACACAAAUAUUGAACUGUUCUCUGCUGUUGUGUGACUCUUAUUUUGUGUCAUUGCAGGUAUACCAUGACCAAAUCUUCAGCAGUGCUCUUUAUCUUGUUUUUCUCCCUGGUCUUCAAACUGGAGGAGCCGGUGAGGAAUAGUUUUUUUUUUAAGUUUCAACAAAUGGGAUUUCCUACCAAUGGCUCAUAGACACCACAUAGACACUGCCUUUAUUCUCUUGUCCAGAGUUUACAGUCAGACAACAGCAAGUUUUAAGUUCAGCCACUCUAAAGGGAAGUGUGAUGACUGCAAUAGAAAGAGGAUUGUUUGUAUUCAGGAUGGUCUUUCUGGUUAAGAACUGAUAAUUAACAUUUUCAUGCAGAAGUGUAGAAGUUGUAAAAAUAAAAAAAAACAACACGCACGGCUAACAAAAAACAAAAACAUGGAGCAAAUUCUGCUCCCACUCAAGAAAAGAAAAGAGGGAGGGAAGUCCAACAUGGAAGCCAGAUGAUAUUUUACAGCUUUACAAGCCCACUCAAAGUCUUAACAUAAACUAUACCUUUAAUGCACAGCACUGAAUGACACAAAUAUGUCCAUCUCUAUUUUAUCACCAGAUAAUACAGAGCAGUUCACCUUAUAUAUCUGUGUGUCUACAUUAUUACAAUCAAUGUAAUAUAAUAACCACCUGAUAUUCCUUUUUUCUGUCAUACCAGAAUCCAUUCCUGAUCUUGGUGGUCCUGCUGAUCGCAUCUGGUCUGUUUAUGUUUACAUUUGAGUCCACUCAGUUCAACCUGGAAGGCUUCAUCAUGGUGCUGCUGGCGUCCUUUAUAGGGGGCAUCCGCUGGACUCUGACUCAGGUCCUAAUGCAGAAAGCUGAGCUGGGUCAGUGUCGACUUACUGUCAAUUACAAAAAUGACUGUUGUUGUUGUCAUCAUACAUCAUAUCAGAGGUCAGAAAGAAGUAAUGAAUGUAGUAAGCAGCAUUUAAGCUGUUCAGUGGACAGUGUAAUCUGUUUCCAGACAUUUUACUUGACUGGUAUGUUUGGUGAACUCUGACUCUAAAUAAAGCGAUGGGUACACAAGUCGUGAAUUUAAUGAUGGCAACCUCUCAGUAUCUGUCUUUUUACCUUGUUAUCUAAGCAGUACUAGUACAUUCAAUAAAAGGCCAUCAUUAACCCCAUCACAAGGACAAGUAAUUUGAACAUCUGAAUUUGUUUUUGAUUCGAAUUUUGCUCUAAUUAUAUUUAGCUGUAAUUAUAAUAUGAAGAUAACUGUUUCAUGCAAAGUUAUUGCCAUGUUCUCCUCAUCAAACCUCAUCCAUGUCGCUUUUCCAGGCCUUCAGAACCCAAUAGAUGCCAUGUACCACCUACAACCUCUCAUGUUCCUUGGACUUUUUCCUCUCUUCCUGUUUAAUGAAGGUGUGUGCAGUUUUAAGCUGUGGUUGGUCAUCCUCUCUGGUAGCCUACUACCUUUAAAAUUAAAAUGAUGUUUGAUGUUACACUUACUCAGUUCAACUAAAUGAAAUCAAACCCAUGAUUUUUUUUCUGGAUUAGAAAGUAAUCAUCACUCUUUUGUCUUGAUUGCUUUGUGUUUUGACAUAAAUAAUCAUACUCAGUUUUAAUCAAUCAUUUCAGCCAUAUGAAGCCCUGUCAUUUACAGUAUAUACCUACCCUUCAAAAGUUUGGUUUAGCCUACCACUACACAGUGGUGACUGAGAGAAGUACUCUAAUGUACACUAUUUUAUUUCUCUGUAUGCUUUUAGGUUGUGUAUGUUCAUUUUAUUGGCAUUUUUGUAUUUAGAGUUUGCAGAAAAGAUUUUCUCUGACAUGUAAAGCGAUUGCUGCACAAUGGUUCACAUAAACGGGCAACUGGAAGAUUUUCGAUACAGUAUGAGCUUGUUUAAAAAUGAAAGGAUCUUGUAUGGUAUGAUUUGUUUGACGUCACUCUGAUGUGUGAUUUUUGGUCAGAUUUCAUAAUCCAAUCAUCAGGAAGAUUACAUUCAAGUUCAGAUAAUUGGAGAUGAGUUGUGGGAAUAUCACAUUAGCUUAUGAAGACUUAACAAACCUCAGUUGAAAGGGAGUCACAUUUUCACACUUAAAAGCAGAAGGUAAAAAUCAGGUCCUCCAUAAAUUUGCAGCACGAUUGUAAGAUGUCUUGUGGUUCAGUAACAGCCCAUGAUGUUUUUGCUAACUUAGGGGAGAUUUAAAUAGAGACACAAUGUUAGGUAGAUCCAUUCUGGCUGCUGCAUCACUAAGUGUUAUCAAUUUCUUAAGCAACAUCCAUAUGACCAUUUGACUAAAAAGUAAUAUGCAUCAUUAUGUCUCACAGGCGACCAACAGAAAAGUCCAUGCUGAUUUUUCUUUGUGUGUCUUUAUUGCAGCACUCAGCAUAAGCACCUCUGAAAAGUUAUUCCGGGUUACAGAGCUCUCGCCUCUCCUUUAUUCGCUCUUCACACUAAGCAUUGGCGGCACGUUGGCUUUUGGUUUGGGCUUCUCAGAGUUCCUUCUCGUCUCUCGGACCUCCAGCCUCACUUUAUCCAUAUCAGGGAUCUUCAAGGUACUUUUUAGUUUCUGCAUCCUGUGUGAAUUUCUUAAUGUAACCUAGUUUUGAUAUUGGGGUUCACUGUGUUCAUUUCUAGUGCUAACUUAAAGGGAUAUUCCGGCAUAAAUUUAAGUUGUGGUCAAACACACCGUAGCACGGAGUUAGACACCCCCUUGAGAGAUGAAUGUUGCUGACUGCUUGCUUCUCUAGUUAUACUAACUUUAGUAAAGAUAGCAAUACACAGCGGUCUAUCAGUCCAUGUGCAAACCUCAACCAAAACACCACUCUAUAGCCACAAAUAAUGCUCAGAACAACACCUAACUUCAUCAACAGUACAUAUAGGGUCCCAGCCAUAGUACUGGCCACCAAACAUCUUUUUAGCUUUGCCUGAUUUCUUUAGCAAAGAGACUAAACAUAACUCACCCACUCUCCUCCAGCAGCUGCUUGUUAUUGGGGGAGCCCUGACGAGUCGAUCACAGAGUGCAUUGGAGUUUGGCAGCUUAAGACAGAACAUUUAUAUGAUUAUUACUUAAUGGAAAUGUAAUCAGACAGAGAUGCUAAGGCAGAAGAACUACCGCAUCUGCAGUGCAAAAUGAUCAUUAUGAUGAUUAUUACUUCAAGGAAAUAAUCCACUGCACUCUGUGAUCGACUCGUCAGGGCUCCCCCACAAACAAGCAGCUGCUAAAAGAGAGUGGGUGAGUUGUGUUAAGUCUCUUUGCUAAAGAAAUCAGGCAAAGUUAAAAAGAUGUUUGGUGGCUAGUACUACGGCUGGGACCCUAUAUGUACUGUUGAUCAAGUUAGGUGCUGUUCUGAGCAUUAUUUGUGGCUAUAGAGUGGCUUUUUGGUUGAGGUUUGCCUGUGGAGAGGUAGACCGCUGUGUAUUGCUAUCUGCGGUCUUUGCUGAAGUUGGUAUAACUAAAGCAGCAAGCAGUCAGCAACAUUCAUCUCUCGAAGGGGUGUCUAACUCAGUGUUAGGGUGUAUUUGACCAUAACUUAAAUUUACGCAGGAAUAUCCCUUUAAGCCAUCUAGCUCAUGCACAUAGGUUUUUAUCCCAAAAGUAUUGUAUACAACAUAGUCAAAUCAUAACAGCAAUUACACUGCGGUGCUUUCCCCACAAAUCAUGUUUAGACUCUACUUCUUAAAAUAUCUACAGAAAGCCAACAAUGCCAUCAUGAGAAACCACUUGUUUACCAUCUGGCACUUUGGUGUCGGGCCGUUUCCUCUCAAGCUUCAACAUUGGCUUAAAUUUUGCAGGUUUAGAGACACCAUGUUUCGUGCCUCCUCUAAAUAUACCUGAAAACCUGGUUAUUGUAUAGCAUUCUGAUUUAGGUUGGAUCUAAUUGUGCAGGCUUUGAGAAGCAUGGAAACUCCAGUUUGUUUUGAACUUUUCAUUUAUCCCACAGCUUUGUUUUCUGUUGAGUGAAGAUUAUUAUAUCAUCAUAAAUUCUCAAAAGGCUGCACUGUUCUGGUCGUGUUCAGACUCAUCUGAUACACCCUCCCUUAAUUCCUUGUUCUUCUGCAGGAGGUGUGUACUCUGCUUUUGGCAGCAUCUCUGAUGGGAGACAAAAUGAGCGUGGUUAAUUGGCUGGGAUUCGUUGUGUGUCUGAGUGGCAUUUCAUUACAUGUGGGACUCAAGACAUAUUAUUCAAAAAGUAAGUACUCAUUUCAGAGCUGCUCAUUAUAUUGUUCAAACUUGUGACAUAAAAUAUAGUCCAAUAAAUAUCAUGUACAUCUACUUUAGACCAGAUGAAGUACUUAGAAUUUUAAAACUUUUAUAGUCUUAUCAAGUUUUAUAAGCGUGAUUGUUCAAAAGUACUUUCCAACAGAUGUUCAAAUAACAGCUGUAAGUUUCUCUCAUUUAAAUUUCUCUUAUCCAUUUAAAAAUUUUCAAAAAACAACACUGAUGAAUAAAAGAUGUUUGGUUUAUCCUCAAAGUCCAGCCCAGAGCUUCAACUUUCCUUAACUAACCCUGAACCAAAAUUACAGAUUACACUUGGGUUUUUACAUUGAGGGGGAGCACAAUGCACAUUAAUCUCUGAAACCACACUUACCAGCAGGGAAAACAAUCAGCAAUUCGAUUUGAACCAAGUGUUGUUCUGUUGCUUAAAUUGCCUGUAGCUAUCGUGAAAAAUUGGAUUUCAGCAUGUCGAAAGGUUAUGUAAGAGCCCAAGAGGAAAAGAUAUUUUGGCCCGCAGAAACUGUCUGGCUGUUUAGUGUCUUGUUUUCCUCAGGGAUUGCCCCCUUUGGAUAAGCCAAAAUAAAUUGCAUUCUUAUUAAUUCACGAGGAAAGAUCAUCUUUUGACAUACCAAAAUCAAACACAGGUCUCGCAUAAUAAAUAAUAUCCAUCAGUAUGUUUGAAUGAGUGAAAAGUAGUUGAUAAGAAGAGCACAACAAAUGAGGGAUCAUACUUAUCAUGCUUUUCAGCAGCUUGUUGUCCUCUAAGACAAUUGUCAUUCAUUGUCAAUGCCAGUGUUUCAAUUUUGAAUCUAUUGCUCGGCAUGGACUGGCAUUGCUAAAUAUCCUCUUAAAGCAAUAGUUCACAACCUUUUCAAGCUGUGAGCUCCAAGAGCAAAAAAUCUUUUGUCUCCACUGGGACACAAAUUCAAAAGAAUACUUUAAUAGUUGCCCAAGCAUGUACACAUACAGUAUAAACUAUUGAUAAAGAACACAACAAACCAUAAAUAUGAAAAGAAUGUGAUCAGUACUUUGUUGUUUUUGUUCAAUUUCAUAUAGGCUAGGCCAGAGAAGCCAUUAGUCUGAGGUGGGCACAGUUACUCAAAAACUUCUUAGACUGUUAAUUCAUUUAACCAAGAUGUUAAAUUUGAUAUUAAUCAAUAUUUUAAUUUGGUUCAAGCUGACAGUGGAAGAGGUCUCCACUCUUCAAGUCCUGCAAAUCCUUACACAUAAUGUCAGUAAAGCCGUGGAUGAGGCUUCUUUAAAUCUAGAGGGACCAUGUAAACAUGCUCAGGGUGUCUGAAAUCCAUCUUACCAUUUAUCAAAAUAAAGGAGAUGAUUCCUCACAAAUCACAAGAUAUUGAAUUCUCUUCCCUUCAGGAUUUUCUUGUAAUACAUCUUGACUUUAUUAAGAUACUGGACAGGGGUGGCCUUUAAGCUGCACAAAGAAAUGUUCACCUUUAAAGCUGAUGUAUGGUUAAACAGUAGUCCAGCAUCAGACUCUUAACACGCAUGAAAUCAGCUUUUAUGGAAUUAUGUGUACACAGUAACGGCAUAUAUGUGCUAACAGUGAGCCUCAACACGUCACCUGUGUAAGAGUAAGUGUCAGAAAUGGACUGCAAAAUAACUUUUGUAAGCAAAUGUGAUCUGAAGGGGAGCAAACGAAUACUCCUUAAACACUUCCAGUGUAAAUGUGCAUCUCAAGAACAGCCAUCUGUUUCAUCGCUAAAAGUUUCUGAAAUGUAAGAAUGAAAAAAUGGGGAUGUCCGCAGCUUUUACUUCAUUUACCAAAGCUAAGAAAUAUAACAGUGACUAUAUUUCUCAAUGUUUUUAUUUGGAAAAAAUAUAUAUUUAUCAAGCCUUGUUUGUCUUUUGUUUUCUCUGAUUUAAAACUAAUAGCUGGUCACAAUGAUACUAAAAGUAAAUUUUAGUAUAAGGGAGGUAGUGUCAUUAUAAUGAAAAGAAAUCAGUUUGAAAAUAUAUGGAAAAAACAGAUUUUGGUAAAAUUCCAAUACAAUGCACCCCUAAUCAUGCAUGUUAUUUUCUUCCAGAUAAGGGCAUGUCUUUGAGGCAGCUCAGCACCAAGAGCCCAGAGCUCGAGUUGCCCUUACUACGACAGAGCGAGGACGGCAAAGAGGAUUCAGCUGCUGAUGAAGAUGAGGAACAAGAAAUCACAUUACACUGACAUCAGAGGACGCCGGCCGGAGACAAGACUGUCUCCAUACCGCUCAUUCCGUCAUCAUGUGGUUUGAGCAGUGAUGUCACAGCCCUAGAAAACUGCUAUGUUAAGGGAACACUGCCAAAAAAAUGGGGGGGGUCCCACCUCUCUUCCUCUCUUUUCCUCUGAUGAUCAUGUUCUCUGUCCAUACCAGGGCCUCAUAGUACGGAUGGUAUUAGCUGUACGACGACUGUGGACUUGACACAAGUUAUGAUCUUUUGCCUUAGGGAAGCUUCAGAAAUGUAGCUAAUACAUCUCAGUGUCAACAAAGUAUGAUAUAUGGAGAGAAAAAAGGGAUGCUCUGACAGCUUGAAUUGUAGUGGGUCAUUUUUCUUUGCCAGAGUCUUGACACACACACACGCACAGUGGGAAUAUCUUCUGAACAGGCUGGGAACAGAAAGACUCUCUAAGCAUGAUAAUUAUGGUGUUCAUCAUGAUAUUAUCACAAUAUCAUAAAUUUUAAUCAGCUUACCCCAGAUACUUGUGCUGCUAACGGAGAAGGCGGGGAAGCGAGACACUGUUCUUGAACCUAAAAGUUAAGGUCUCCUGUUUUUUAGAGUGAUGUGAAGCGACCGCAACUUCAUGUGCCUUGUUGACCCUAACAGCGGUCAUGCAGACUACUUUUAAGAGCUAUUUUCAAAACCUAUAGUAAUUAAACCAGCUAUUGUGUAGCUGUAGUACUUGAGUUGAAAGCCAUUUAAAAAAGUAAUUGUUUUGAAUGUUUGUUUGGGUUUUUUUUGCUGACUCUGUAAGAUUUUAGCAAUGUUGCACUUCAGCCAGGACUAAAGAGACUAUGUGGUUUUUCAUUUCAAAAUAAAUCUGUGAGAACUAAUA